UAUGCCAGAUAACAGCACAAAAUUUAAUCCGAAUUUGAAUCUCGAAAUACCGAAAUGGAUAAACGAGAAAUACUUCGAAAAAAUUCUACAGAAAGAUAUGCCACAGUUCAAGAAAAUUUUAAAAUUCACACCUACAGCUGCCACGCCACCCGGGGAGAAUUACACAUCAAUUAUGGUACGUAUACACAUGGAUAUAGAAAUGAAAGAUGGCUUUACUCAACAGCAGUCAUAUAUAAUGAAAACCAUGCUAGAUAAAGACAAAGGAGGUACGUUUAUAAACACUCUAAAUCUAUUCCCCAAGGAAAAAUUUAUGUACGAACAAUUGCUGCCUCAACUGGAAACGCUCUAUAAUGAUAUUAAUAAGAAAGUAAAAUUGGCGCCUAAAUGCGUCUGGGUUGAGGAGAAGGCCGAACGCAUUACACUUGUUCUAGAAGAUUUAAACACUAAAAAAUUUAAAAAUAUAAAUCGUCUGAAAGGUUUCGACAUGGCACAUAUGAAACGCGUUUUAGAAAAACUGGCUGAAUUUCAUGCAGUCACAGUGAUAUGGCAGCAGCGUAAUGGGGCAUACCCAGAAGAAUUUCAAAAAAGUUAUCUACCCGCAAACUAUCAGAAAUCGAAAUCUUAUCAAGCACGCGUGCAAAGUUUCAAAGCAGCGAUGUCUACUUGGGGCUUGGAGGAUUAUGAGAAAUACGCAGAGCGCAUUCCAAAUGCAGAGCAAUUUGUUAAUGCUGCUAUGGGUUGUUUUAACACUGAUCCGAAUGAAUUUAAAGUUUUAAAUCAUGGAGAUUUUUGGUCCAGCAAUAUCAUGCAAAACUAUACUUCAACUGGUGAAAUCAAUCAAAUACGUUUUAUUGAUUUUCAGUUAUGUAAAUGGGGUAGUCCAGCACAAGAUCUCUGGGAAGUCAUCAUGUGUUCAUCAGAAAGCAAUUUACGUAUACGAGAAUUCGAUAAUUUUGUACGUAUUUAUCAUACUCAUCUUCUCAAAUGCUUAAGGCUACUUCAAUCUACAAAGCCACUACCAAAGCUACGCGAACUCCAUAUAAGCAUGUUGAAACAUGGAUUUUGGGGCUAUCUAACAACAUUUACACAUUUGGUAUUGAUUCUCCUACCAUCGAACAAAGAAGCUAGUCUAUUAAAUUUAAUGCAACCCGGAGAAGAGGGCGAUAAAUUCCGUCUUAAGGCGUUUACAAAUCCCGUGUAUGUUCGAGCAGUCUUAGAUAUUUUUCCAUUUUUACUUCGACGUGGCAUAUUAGAUUUUUAAUUUUAGUUUAAAUAUAAGUGCACUAAUGUAUAUAAAUGUUUAAAUGUAUAUAAGAAACAAAUGCUUGUUCUACACAAUACUAUUUUUAUGUUAAUAAAAUAU